AUAAGAUGUUCCAAGUCCCUUGCAGCUCUCUUUAGAAGAAAAUCAGUAGUGCUCUGCUCUUACUGUGACACCAGCCCUGCCUGACCCACCUAGGCUUUGGUGCUGUGAUGUUGGAAGAAUGCACACAGGCUCCAGGAGUUUCUGUUUCUCACUCAAAUGGUUCUCUGUGGAUGGAGAAAGAUUUGAGUCUCAAUAAUUGCCCUAUUUCAAAGCUAUUUCUCUAUAGUCUGAACUGAUUAACAAAUUGAACCACUUACCAAUGAGCCACACAGCUAGUUCUUGUCAGGAACUGGUUGAAACCUGUGUGGUGCAUGCAGCAGGAAUGGCACAGGAAGAGAGCCGCCGUGGUCAGGCGCCAUCCACCUUCUACCAUGGUGCCAGCCAAGAACUCGACCUGUCCACCAAAGUGUAUAAGAGGGAGUCUGGAAGCCCUUAUUCUGUGCUAGUGGACACCAAGAUGAGCAAACCGCAUCUCCACGAGACAGAGGAACAGCCAUAUUUCAGGGAGACAAGAGCAGUGUCUGACGUGCGUGCUGUCAAAGAAGACCGGGAGAAUUCUGAUGACACGGAAGAGGAGGAAGAGGAAGUCUCUUACAAAAGGGAGCAGAUCAUAGUGGAGGUAAACCUUAAUAAUCAAACGUUAAAUGUAUCUAAAGGGGAAAAGGGUGUCUCUUCUCAGUCCAAAGAGACUCCUGUUCUUAAGACAAGCAGUGAGGAGGAAGAGGAAGAGAGUGAGGAGGCCACCGACGACAGCAAUGACUACGGGGAGAAUGAAAGGCAGAAGAAAAAGGAGAAGCGAGUGGAGAAAGUGAGCGUCACACAAAGGCGAACUCGGAGAGCUGCCUCUGUUGCUGCAGCCACCACUUCCCCGACGCCCCGUGCCACACGAGGCCGUAGGAAGAGCGCAGAGCCGCCCAAGCGUAAGAAGCGGGCCACCAAGGAGCCCAGAGCACCAGUCCAGAAAGCUAAGUGUGAAGAGAAAGAGACUCUGACCUGUGAGAAGUGCCCCAGGGUGUUUAAUACUCGCUGGUACCUGGAGAAGCACAUGAACGUUACUCACAGGCGUAUGCAGAUCUGUGAUAAAUGUGGCAAGAAGUUUGUCCUGGAAAGUGAGCUGUCCCUUCACCAGCAAACAGACUGUGAAAAAAACAUUCAGUGUGUUUCCUGUAACAAAUCGUUCAAGAAACUCUGGUCCCUUCAUGAACAUAUCAAGAUUGUCCAUGGAUAUGCAGAAAAGAAAUUUGCUUGUGAAAUUUGUGAGAAGAAAUUCUAUACCAUGGCUCAUGUGCGGAAACACAUGGUUGCACACACAAAAGAUAUGCCAUUUACAUGUGAAACCUGUGGAAAGUCUUUCAAGCGCAGUAUGUCACUCAAGGUGCACUCCUUGCAGCAUUCUGGGGAGAAGCCCUUCAGAUGUGAGAACUGUGACGAGAGGUUUCAAUACAAGUACCAGCUCCGCUCCCACAUGAGCAUCCACAUUGGGCACAAGCAGUUCAUGUGCCAGUGGUGUGGCAAGGACUUCAACAUGAAACAGUACUUCGAUGAACACAUGAAAACACACACUGGAGAGAAGCCCUUUAUCUGUGAAAUCUGUGGCAAAAGCUUCACCAGCCGCCCCAACAUGAAGAGGCACCGCAGAACUCACACAGGCGAGAAGCCCUACCCCUGUGACGUGUGCGGCCAGAGGUUCCGCUUCUCCAACAUGCUCAAGGCCCACAAGGAGAAAUGCUUCCGGGUGACCAGCCCAGUGAACGUGCCCCCGCCCCCAGCCGUCCAGAUGCCCCUCUCCUCCGCCCCAGCCGCGCCUGCUCCUGCGGUGCCCAACACAGCCGCCAGCCCGGCCUCAGCGGUCAGUAUGAACCCGGCAGGCGGUGCGCUUCCCCCACGGCCUGUUCCGCACCCCUUCUCUCACCUGCACAUCCACACGCACCCGCACCAUGCGCACCACCUCCCCAUCCCGCCGGUGCCUCACCUACCCCCGCCUCCAGCCCUCUUCAAGAGUGAGCCCUUAAACCACAGAAGCCAGAGUGAGGACUCCUUUCUGCGGCACCUGGCAGAGAAGAACAGCACGGCCCAAGCCCAGCAUCAUUAGCACCAGCUGGAGUCUUAUCCCCAUGGUGAGUUGGCAGAAGGGGAUCCACUGUGCCCCUCUGGGGCACAACCUCCUGCAGGGCCUUCGCCAUUGUCUGGAUGGACCAUCAGACUGACCCAAGGGAGUGAACAGGACACCCUUGAGCCGACUGGGACUGCCCUCUCAUCGGGGGAACCACCCAACUAAAGCCCAAUUUGUUUGCAUUUUCUGAUGACUUUUAUAAAUUUCAAAUACUCAGACUUGUGGGGUUUUAUAAUUUCAUAUCAGUGGAUGAGGUAUGCUUGCUUUUAUAUCCUGGACGUCUCCUCAAAGAGGAGACAGGCCUGGUUUCCUUUGUACUAAUCGGGAAGGCUGUGAGAUUAACCCAGAGCAUUAAUUGUAUCACUGUGUAUUGUAAUGAAUUCUUUUAAGCUUUUGGUGCUGGCUGUAGAGUUGAGCUGGGCCAUGUUUCACAGAAUAUCAAGCAUUAUAGAGAAGAUGGAAAUUCUCUUCUUUGUGUAGCUCUUUUAACGCACUCUUUAUUUUACUACAGAAAUUAUUUUAGAGUUUUUGUAUAGACUUCUUUAGUAGUCUGUUUCUAAAAUGAAAUGUAUUUCAAUAAGCGGUGUAAUUUUUUCAGUGUAGCUAAACCAUGUUGUAAAAUAGAAAAAUUUUUAUAAUCAUCAAAAUGUGAUUCUUAAAGAUGCAUAUAAUAACUUCUAUUUCAAAUUUAUUCUUACAUCCGUACAACUCAAAGGUGCUUCAGCGAUUAGAUGUAUCUGAGAGGGUCGCCAGUCAAGGUUACUGGGAAAGCAAGGUUCGUAAGUACUCAGUAAUUUGAAAAUCUGUGCUCGGCACUCAGAUGUCUGUCAGGCUCGCUGACAUGCUGCUGCCCUUCCUAUUCUUUGUGCAUUCAGUGGGGUGGGGUGUUGUACUGGAGUACAGUCCUUUUGUGGGGUGGUCACAGAAAGCUUGUGUGUUGGAGAAUCUGAGGAACGUUGUGUGUACCUUCAGAAGCAAGAAGCAAAGAUUGCUUCCUCCUUGUCACAUUUGUUUCUCACUUCCCUUCUGAACUGUGUUCAUGUUCAACUGUUAGGGGAACACAAAUUGGAAUCUCUUGAGGGUGCUCUAUUUUCCUAGAAUUGAUAGGAGAAACUAAAACGGUAAACCGAAAUCACAAACAUGAUGCUAAUAUAACUGAGAAGCUUGGCUGGGAGGACGAAUUAUAAGUUUUAAAAUGUCUGUGAUGCUUAAUUAUAUAGGUAUGCCCACAACCAGGGUAUAUAAACUAUUUAAAUUGUAGUGAGAGGAAGCCCCCAAGUUUUAAAUUUAUUAAUUAUACAGAAGCUGAUUAUACAGAAGGCUAAAGAGAAGGGCUAACAUGUUGGUUCCAUUUAGCUGACCAGAUUUAUCCAGACUGUAGAGCUACAAAUGUUAUACUUUUUCAUCUCAUAGAGCUGAGUUCCAAGAGUGGGUCACUUACCUUCCUACAUCACUCUGUUUUUAGUCUCAGAAUUCUUUUAUUUCUCUUUCCUCGGGCUCUUAAAUCAUUGCCUGAAUCAGAACCUUGGCUUUUAUUUAUUUUUUAUUUUUAAUAUUAAAUGUGCAGAUAUGCGUCAAGCACUUUUUUCUGGCCAGUUAGCUCUGUAGCAGGGAAAAGCGGAACUCUUGUUGAGGUUAGGCUCCUAUUUUUAAGCAACACUCUAUAUCAGUUUUUGGUUUAGUAUUUCUAGAUUUUCUCCAGUUUUGCCUUUGUCUUCUGUAAUGCAUAGGAAAAUUUUGUACCAGACGGAAAAGUAUCUCAGGACAUACUUUUCUUUACCAGAUUCUGGUUGUAUGUUUUAAUGAAUGGUAUUUUUACUAUUGAAUACAUUCUUUGAGCCCCCACAUACGCAAGCCAAUAAGGAAGUUCAAUUCCUUUGCUUCUGGCUGUUAAAACAUUGGAGGCUUUCUCCUGUUACCUCCACAAUCUCCUUUGUAUCCCAUGUAAAUCCACGCUUUUAUGAAGACCUAUCAUUAUUUCAUGGUCAAGCCUGUAAUAUUAAAAUAUUUUCUCAAAAGUUAUAAAUGAUAGUUUAGUUUAUUGGUUAUACCUUACUUUGUAUUAAAUAAAUUUACCAUAUUGGGCAGAGAUUCUGAAUUCUAGACUUGAAGCCGUUGAGUCACCCAUUUUAUGUUUCUAUCAUGAUUACACACUGGGAAAUUCAGGUACUUAUCUUUGAUUUUUUUUUUUAUUCAGAUAGCUAUAGCCAUAAGAAAAUAUCUGCUACAUAGGAAAACCAGUAGUAAGUGAAGUAAGUAAUAACCAUCACUAUCCUUAACAGAAGAAAAAAAAUAAGGAUUUAAAAAUGAGUAAGAAUUGUCACAGAAUAAUUCUUAUUGAAUUGUAUUGUGGAACAGUCUAGAAAUGCCAAUUAUUUUUUUCCUGGAUAAGUAUAAACUUCCUUGACCUGGGAUGUGUAGUCUUCAGGAAAACUGCUCUAAAAAUAAUUCCUCAUCAGUGUCAUAUAUGAAUAAUGAAAUACAGUCAUACCAGUAAUGCUUCUGAAUAUAGGAACCGUAGGAUUAAGCCUUAAACAUGUACCUGCACCAGGUUUAACUUGCUGAAGACUCAAACUCAGGGUUGAAAAUGUGCUUGGGAUCUGCUGCUAAGAUAAAAGUUUCAUUAAUGUGGUAUGUUCUAUCCACAUAUGCUGCAGUAGUACCCCAGGAGUUCUGCAAAAUCUGUUACCUACUUACCUGUUUAGGAAAAAAGACCUAUGGAAGAGUCUGAGUUCUCAGCCUUUAUCUGUACUUGUGUUUUGUAAAGACACAGGCCACAUUUCAGAAUUACAUAGAUAACAAAUUGAGUAUGUUUCUCAUUACUGUCUUCAAAGGCUUGUAUCACUGUAAGGAUCACUUAUUUGAGGAGAAUUCCCCCAAGGACUUUUUGUGGUUGUUUGUUGAGAAAGGGUCUCACUAAAUACCCAGGCAGGCCUUGAAUUCCCUAAGUAGUUGAGGCUGGUCUCGAACCCAUGUCCUCCCCAUACUCACACCUCAGCCUCCCAAGUACUGGGAUUAUGGGCACUGCUCCACUAUGCUCAGCUUCCAUAAGGAAUUUUUUGAGUUGGCAUUCCAUUUUUGGAGGUUUGUUUGUACAUCUGUUCUCACGGGGUUAUCAUUUGAAUAUAAACUGCUCUUUAGCCUUGUGAAAGGCUGCUGCUCUCCCAGACUGAGUCAGGUAGGCUCAUACUGGGUUCAAUUUUUAAAUUUUGAGGAGAAUAAAAGAUGAACCAUUUAAAGGCAUGUGGCUUCAUUUUUAUGUGGUUUUUUUUCCACUUGAUUCUGAUUUUUAGUAAGUAAAGAAGUCUACACAUAAAACUUUAAUGAACUUUGAAGAAACUUUUGAAAAUUAUCCUCAUGUGCUUUCAUAGUAACUGUUCUGAGUGAGUUUUCCACAGUUCCACACUUUCCGAUGUUUCGGGUGUUAGCCCUAGCCUUUAAUGGCUGUGCCAGCUCUCCAGCCCAACUGGCUUUUUAAAAAUUGUAUUUGUUGGAAGUAUCUUUGAGAUGGCUGGAACCUUCCUGAUGUGAUUUCCUGUUGCAAGUGCUAACCAGAUGCCAAACACUCUGAAACUUUGAAUUUUUACUUCUUGAAUUUUUUUUUCCCGUUUUUAUUAUUGUUGAAUGGAUAUAUAUAUUUAGUUUCAUCUUAAUUUUGCUGGAAGAUUUAAAUUUUGAGACUCUAAAGGAAGGAUAGAGCUCCAUUGCAGAUACACACACACACACACACACACACACACACACACACACACACACACACACACACAUGAUAUAUGGAUAUAUUUCAUUUUGCAGAUUUUGGUUAGUAAAAUGCACUAUGGUGGGUGGGUCUUUGUGUUUUUUUUAAAGAAAGAAAAUUUAAAACUACAAUUAAACACUUCUGUUUGAGCUACUGUAUGAAAAAUACAGUUUUUAUUGCUUUAAUGAUCCAUAUAAUGACUAUUUUGAUGUUGUUCCAGACUGUAUGGGGAGUACUUCUGAAAGAGGGGAAAUGUUGGCAUUUAACUAUUUUGUCAGCUUUUAAAAAGAAUUAGCUCACCUGGAAUCCUUCAGACUAUAAAGCUGAGCAAGUAAUUAUUGGGUUUUAAUUUUCUUUUUUCUUAAAUCAAGAUAGGAAAUUUCCCAAAAGUUCUCGCUCUCUAUUUUCUUUUUUUCAGGAAUGAAAGGUCAUAAGCCAUUAGAAAUAGUGGCAAUGUUAUGCAAUAACAACACCCUAAGUAAUCUGCUUUUGUUAUCUGUAGCAUCAUGAGAAAUAAUGUUGACCUUCCAACCCUGGACACUACCUCGAUGAAGCAAACCAGAGAUCCUCUCUACACUAUGGAAGCCAUAAACGUCAUCAAUAGAUCCACCUUUACAGUUCUAUACUUUUAUACUCUCUAGACUUUUGACUUUAUGAUCCGAUCUUUUCAUUUUAGAGGAUAGGUUUUGAAAGACUUCAAAGAAAAACUCCUUAAUUGUCCAAACUUUGAAGCUUUAGCUUCAGUAAAUUUGUUUUAAAGAACAGAUACCAUACCAUUCAUCAAAUUAUAUAUUUACAUCAAAGCUACUUUGCAUAAUUACGUAUCCUGAAAACAAACUUUUUUUCCUUGUUCCCUAAGGAGAACCUAUGCUGUUAUAAGAAGUCACUUAUCAAGUGGGUUUCUUUCCACACAGUUAUUUCCACACUGUUAUGGAUAUUCCUGGUUGAUGCAUGUGUAGUGACUGUUGUGAAUUGUUGCUGUUUCUUUAGGACAGAUAAGUGAGUAGUUACCCACCUGAUCCUCUGCUGUUGGACUGCGGCUUCAGUCUCUCUCACUCUGCUCUUGAGUGCCUUCAAAAAGCCAGUGUCUGGAACAUUCUUUCCCUGGUCUGACUCCUACCUCUGAUUGUUUCUUUCUCUGUGAGUAUUGGAAUUCACCCUUAUCCAAAGGACUUAACUACAAACUGGUUAAAACCCCGGAUGAGAAUUCUGAGUGUGUUUUGUUCCUCUGCGUCCUUGUUGGGUUACAUUCUUAGCUUUUAUUUCUGUCUAGAGUCAAGAGAUGCCAUCCUUGUUUGCUCUCCACUUUCUCUUCUUUUACUAGCAUUUUGGUAUUCCUUUACAAGUCAAGGCCAGCUGUUGUCUCUUUGGGUCAUCUUUUUCUCAUCCGAAGUCUUCCUGAACCUGCCUUUCCUGAUUAAAGGAAUCCUGAAUGCUGCUGUUGCUACAUGCUCUCUCUCUUCCAUAAACAUUUUGCAGGGUUGUUCUCAUGAUUUUAUUUUAGUCCUACAAAUUUAAAAGUGCUCUCUGGGUUUAACAGAAGUCCUUUAUUGAUUUAUUUUUAAUCUGUCUCAUCCAUCUUUGUGUCCCUCCAAAACCUCUGUUUACUUUCUUUUCUAGUGUUCCUCAUAUAUAUUGUUUUAAGAGUAUGAUUGAUGCAUAAUAUAUGAAGGAUGUAAUAAAAAGGAAGUUGAAGUGUGUUCUGUGUGUGGUAUGUGCCCCUCAGUGAUAAAACUUAUUUUAGAAGUUGGCUAUCUUUCACAUCCCAAACUAAAGUCUGUGCUGUGCAACAGGUUGAUUGUUCCCCCCUAAAGCAAAAACAGAUGAACUCUUUAAAAUGAGGAGACAGGAUUCUGGGGGGUUUUGUUUUGGGUUUUUUUUUUUUUUGUUUGUUUUUCUUUUUGUAGGUGAAUGAACGCUAAUGAAUAUUUUGGCCUUAGUCAAAAAUCUUUGCUUUCUGACUUAAAAUCUCUUGCCUCUUAAAGUUAUUAGUACUCAGGUUUUCAAGACUAAUAUAACCACAUGAGGCAGGAGUCUAAAACUGCAGCUGUUAAUAAAUUUGCAAUCCUUUUUGUAUGGCCACAGACAGGUUGUCAGUUGGUGGGACAGUACAAAAUUGUAAGAAUUGGUUAUGCUUCAUAAUACAUAAAUUCAAGGCAUUUGAAUGUUUCACUUGCUAUUUGGAGUGGGAGAACUAGUUUACAAAAUGUAAGGGGUAGUUUUCUAUACCAUAGAAAUCAGUAACAAGAGACUUGAUUUAAACACUUUCCACAUUUGUUUGCCCUGCUGUUGCCCAUCACCGACCUAGACAUUCACGUCUUGAGUACAACUGGAUGCCUAAAGCAUCUCCUUGGAAAAUUGAUUGCUUUUCUCUCCAGAGUCACAGGCAGUCAAACAGCACAAAGCUGUACUUGCCUAUCAUUUGGAGGAGCUACAGCCUCUGAGAGGACUGCUGCUUGUGUGUGUCUUCAUUAGGAAACCUUUGGUGCAGGUACCAGAGGCAGUUUUUGCCCCUAAGAAGUGUCCCUGUCGCUUCUUAACUGCAGGUUAUUUCAUACUAUUUGAACUUCUCUGGCAAGAUCAGGGAUGUGACAGAUUACUUGAAAACGAUUUUGUAGGAUGUGUAGGGAAUGGAGACAGGCAAGAAAGGAUAGAAGCUACAUUUUGCUUAUUGUCAGAAGGAUGUCUGAUGCUUGUGUUAGCUAGUUGUGACCAAAUAAAGAGCCUGUGUCUGUAUGCCAAGGAAUCAGGUUGUUUCUGCAUCUCUGGCUCCCAUGAGCGAACACAGCUUCUUCCUGUCUGCCUUACAGGUGAAAGGGGGCCAUGUAGCCAGAAGCAGAGUCCAACUCACAUCUUACAAAGGAUUUGAGACUGUUUCACUGCAUUUGAAAGUGCUUGGUUAUUCACUUCAGUAAAGUUGAAAAGAAAGAAGCAGUAUGGCAUAAUUUUUGUGUUUACUUCUCAAGUUGUAUGUCCAAGGAUGUAUGCAUGGCCUCAGAAAAUCAGGUCAUUCUCUAUGUUUUGCAAAUUGAAAUACACAUUUUAUUCAUUUCUUUUAGUGAGGCCCAGUCUGUUCCAUCUGCAGUACUGGCUCUGACCACAAGGGGGCAAUAAAGUGCUUUCUUCUCAGCUCUAAGCCUCUCCUGAAACAUCAAUUGGUUCAUUGCUUGAUUAUCUAAGGCAUUUUGGCCUGUUACUAAGUUCACUAGUUGUUCAGGCCUCAUGAUACAAGCAGAAAUGGAUCCCUGGGUCUGAGAUCCUUGGGGUCAAGUAGCAUAAUCAACUAACCUUUGUUAAUACUGGUGAUAUGAGAUUGAAAGCUAGGACCCUACCAUGAGAGAUCUUUUGUAUCCUAAAUGCAAAGCUGAAAAGUGGCCCUCCUCCCCAUUUCCUUGCUUCAACUCCAUUCGCAGCAGCAGUGGGGACCUCUGCAAUGUGUGUGAGCACAUGGCUUCCCCUCGUCUGCUCCAAGUAGGCAUCUGUUACACCCGUGAGCAGGUCCCCCAGGUCCGGAUGGGGAGGUCCCUAUAGUAGCUGUCCUCCAGACUAGAAUUCUGGUCCAGAACUCCUGCCGUUCCUUGUCUUUGAGCCCUGACCCUCAUCAGUUUUGACCCGGAGGUUUGUGUGUGCUCACUGCAGCGUCUUCACAGUGAGCAAUUGGGUAUCAAGUAGGGGGAACACCAACCCGAUAGCAUGCACCCUGUAGUGGGAAGCUUUUACCUGUGGAAGGGCCUUCCUCACUGAUUUUUGCCUGGUCCCCUUUGCCCCAGCCGAUUCUGACCCCUAACCCGAGCAAUACCAGACAUACAGAGUGGGGUCUCCGUAACUCCAACACUUGACAAAAACAAGACUAAAACUGUGAGUCCUUUAGGCGGCAGGUGGCAGGUGCAACUUGUUUGCUUUUAUUUUUGUUUUCCCAACAGUACUGAGAUCACGUGCACUUUUUCUAAUUUCUUAAAACAAAAUCCAGUUUGCUUGCCAGGAAUUGUUUAGUGUUAGGUUUACAAAGCCUGUUGUUGAAUGUUGAAGAUUUGUCCAAAGGAGCUUGACAGAAUAGAAGCUGCUCAGUCCCUGUUCUGCCUGCAGGGUCAAAAGGAUUAAGGCUAUAUCAAGUAUAGAAUGGCGCAGCGUCUUUCCUACCUCUGUGGAGACACAAUUGAAGGUCAAGUUGGGACUCAGUGGGAAGGUGGGGAGGGAUCUGUUUAGAGGAGUCCUUCAGUUGGGGAGGUGACAGAUAGAACAGGAUCUCUUGAGAGGGGAAGGAUGGGAAGAGGGGGUGCUGCUUGGCCCAGGGAGCUGCAUGAGGGACGGAGCUGAGGUAGACUCUGAACUGGCCCAGCUGCCUGGCUUCUCCCAGUCAUCUUUUAUCUAGUAUCCUGUCAGAUACGCCUUGAUGUAUUGAUUUUCCUCCUUGUGUUAACUAUACCAAUAUUAUUUUUUUAGCUAUUGAAAUGCACUUUUUUAUUUCGACUCAAUCAUGACUUUAAGUAUAAAAAAUUGAUAGAUUGUUAAAACUACUUUUUUGUGUAUUUUUAACCACUCAAUGUAGCAUUGUGUAUUUUAUUCUUGUUGAGACUCUGGUACAAGGUGUGCCGUUUACUAGUUUUUUUUCUGACAUGCUGGGCCUUUGGAUGUGUACGGUAACCAACUUCAUGCUAAUGUUCAAAGUAAAAAAGAAGAAAAAGUAGCCAUAUUCCUUAUGUGUCUUUCUUCAUUUCUUCCUUACAUUCAUUUGACAUUUUGAGGUCCCCUUGCUUAAUGAAUUGCCAUUUUAUGUUAAACAGUCCUACAAGCCAUAUCUGUAUUGUUGGUUUGUGUCCUUCGUGCUGUUGGUAGGCACCCCAAGCCCCAAACCCUACCUGAAUAAUAUAUUUUCUUGUCUGUCUUUUUUUUCCUACCAGUCCUGGGGAUUGAACGUAGGGCUCUUGCAUGUUAGGUAAGUUCUGUACAAGGUCUCACUAAGUUGCCCUGGCUGGCCUUGAACUCACUAUGAACCAGGCAGGUCUUGAACUUGCAGAUCCUCCCAUCCUAGCCUCCAGAGUAGCUGAGAUUACAGGCCUGCACUACCAGGCCUAGCUGAAUAGUAUUGGUCCAAGCUGCUGGCCUGAUGCUGGUCUCUGCAAUGCUGCUGGCCCCACGCUCCUUGGCUUUGGAUGAUACUGCUCUGACCAGCUGAGCAGAAAUCUGAAAAUAUCUGAGAAGAGUAUUUGGGGGAAGGAUCAGGAUUGGGUUCCUAUCCACUGAGAAGAAAAAUAAACACAGGUGCAAACAGCUUACAAAGUGUAGUCAGUGAAUGGCAGUGCCUGGAGAUACUGUAAAUGAAUGAGGUUCCGCUCCUUGCCCUGCCCCAUUUAGCCCUUCAUCCAGUCAUUCCGUACAAGUUUAUUGAUUCCUAAUGCCAAUGUAGUGCCUGGAGAUUCAGCCUGAGCAGGGCAGAGGAGGCCCUACAUGCUUCCCAGAGGAAACCCAACGAGAAACAAGUGCAGGGUUGUAAUUCCAGCCUCUUGGGAGGCCGAGGCAGGAGGAUCACAAAUUCAAAGCCAACCUGGGAAACACAGGCCCU